CUGAGAAAAAAUGUGUAAAAAAUUCUAAAUCUGAAAAACUGUUAACUACGUUAGAACAUAAAACUGAGUAUGUAUGUCAUUUUGUUAAUUUAAAACAGGCUAUUCAACACGGACUUGUAUUGAAAAAAGUUCAUAGAGUCUUAAGUUUCAAUCAAGAUACAUGGUUAAAGCCUUACAUUGUAUUUAACACGCAGAAACGUAAAGAAGCUAAAAACAAUUUUGAGAAAGACUUUUACAAACUUCUUAACAAUUCCAUGUUUGGGAAAUCAAUCGAAAAUGUAAGGAAAAGACCUAACAUUGAAUUAGUAAAUAACGAAAAAAGAUUAAACAAACUCAUUUCAAAACCUAAUUUUCUAAAUAGAAUUGUUUAUAAGGAAAAUUUAUGUGCUGUAGAGCUAUCUAGAACAAGCGUAACAAGCGUGUUUUUUAAUAAACCAAUUUAUAUUGGUUUUACAGUAUUAGAGUUAAGCAAGUUUCACAUGUACAAAUUUUACUACAAUGUUCUUAAAGAGUACUACAACGAAAAGCAAAUAAAUUUAUUAUACAUAGAUACUGAUUCAUUUUUCCUAGAAAUAUUUACUGAUGAUGUCUAUUCCGAUUUCAAUGAUCCUAAACUUAAACAGUACUUUGAUAUGUCUGAUUAUCCUCAGAAUCAUAAGUGUUAUUCACUAGACAAUAAGAAGAAACUUGGUUGUUUUAAAGAUGAGAUAUGUAGCGUUGUUGUAACAGAUUUUAUUGGAUUGAGACCUAAACUGUACACAUUUCGAAACUGUAAACGAUGA